AUGGCUAUACUGUUUGACUUGCAGGCAGCGGCCGCCGGCGGUGCAGGAAACGCGGGGCAGGCGCACGACGGCGAAGCGACUCGCGUAGGCGGCGACGCAACUCGCCCAGGUGGCGAAGUGACUCGGGCUGUCAUGCAGGCAACGUGCGUCAUGCAGGCAUGCGAUCGCGUCGAGACUCUGUCACGAGCAAGCUACACACGGUCACGCGGGUUAUACUUCUAUCAAUUUUUUGGACAGGAAGCUCGCACUGAAGGAUCACAAUUGGAUGCAAAGGCGGAAAUGAAUGUUGGGAUAACACUAGGAAAGAUGUAUCGCACCGUGGGCGGGGCGGAAGGCGGGAGACGAUUCACACGUGGGGGAAGCGGGAUAAGAGCUCGAGUUGGCGGGAAAAUGAAACCGUUGACGAGACGGAAGGAGAGAAGACGAGAAGGCGGGCGGAAAAGUGAAAUCGAAGUAUUCUGUGGCUUUGCUUUGCACUUCUAUUAUAACGCCUGGAUAAGGCCUGAAAAGAUUAGGAGAAAGCUGCGGCGACAAGGCAUCGGCGGCCCCCCGCCGGCCUUUCUCCAUGGAAAUAUGAAGGAGGCCAAGAGGUUGGUAUGGGAGGAGAAGGCCGGGAGGAGAGGAGAGGAUCAGAAGAUAAGGCAUGACUAUACUUCAAGCGUAUUUCCUUACUUUGAGAGAUGGAGAAAUAUGUAUGGUCCAAUAUUUUUGUAUACUAUGGGGAAUGUACCAAUGUUGCACGUGAGCGACCCUGACUUGGUGAGGGAAAUGAACCUAUGCAAAUCUCUUGACUUAGGGAAGGCCACUUACCUACAAAAAACUCAUGAGCCUUUGUUUGGCCAUGGCAUUCUCAAGUCUAGUGGAGAGUCAUGGGCUCAUCAAAGAAAAAUUAUUGCACCAGAGUUCUACAUGGAUAAGGUCAAGGGAAUGGUUGAAUUGAUGGUGGAUUCUGCCAUCCCACUGUUAGAAACAUGGGAGAAAAGAAUUGAGAAGGAAGGAGGAACAGCUGAGAUAAAUAUUGAUGAGGAUUUGAAGAGCUUUUCUGCAGAUGUAAUUUCGAGAGCAAGUUUUGGAAGUAGCUAUUCCAAAGGAAAGCAAAUGUUUUUGAAGCUUUAUGAAUUGAAGAAAGCUGUUUCUAAACCAAAUCUCCUCGUCGAAAUCACUGGAAUAAGGUAUGUGACAAUGGUGAUCCAAGAGGUACUUAGGCUCUAUCCGCCUGGACCAGUGGUCUCAAGAGAAGCUCUCCAAGACAUGAAAGUUGGAGGCAUUCAGCUACCAAAAGGCAUCAAUAUUUUUAUACCAGUUCCCACAAUGCACCAAGACCUUAAUAUCUGGGGGCCAGACGCCUGUGAAUUCAAUCCUAAGAGAUUCGAGCACGGCGUCAUGGGUGCCUGCAAACUGCCCCAAAUGUAUCUCCCGUUCGGCGCCGGGCCUCGAACAUGCCUGGGCCAAAACUUCGCCAUGGUGGAGCUUAAGAUCGUGCUUGCUCUCAUCCUACAAAAAUUUAGCUUCACUUUGUCGAACAACUAUAAGCAUUCACCUACAUUGAGGCUAAUUGUAGAGCCAGAGGAUGGGGUUGAUCUAAUUGUGAAGAAGGUUUUGUGAACCUAAUUAAUUGAUCGGGCAUCGAUGCGCACCUCAACUAUCAAUAUAACAUAAUAUAUAUUUUUAAAAUUUAUACUAUGAUCAAUCACGUUGAUCAAACCUUCCAAUUGAAUUUUAGCUAAAGAUCUAUGAAGGAAGUCACCAAAAAUCACUUUAUACAGCUUAAGCAUCGCAUCCAUUAUGAUGCAAUCCCUCGUCAGCUUUUAUUUAAUUUAUUAUAGGCUUUUUCCAUUUUAAGUCUUCAAUCCACCUUCUAACCUUCUACCUGGACCAUGCAAUGCUUCAUUUGUAGAGAGAGAAAAACUAAUGGAUUAAAAUAUUGAAAGAGAGAGGGAGGAAUGACUUUCCAUUGUGGAUGGAAUGAUGAAAAGCUGAUUGUUUUAGCGGCUUUAACGGAGUAAUAAGUUUUCCAACGAGGAAACUUGCUUUAAUUUUUGUUUCCUUUAA